AUGCCUGAACCCGCCAAGUCUGCGCCUAAGAAGGGCUCGAAGAAAGCCGUGAGCAAGACCGCCGGAAAAGGAGGUAAGAAGAAGAGGAAGACCAGGAGAGAGAGCUAUGCCAUCUAUGUGUACAAGGUGCUGAAGCAGGUCCACCCCGACACCGGCAUCUCGUCUAAGGCCAUGAGCAUCAUGAACUCGUUCGUCAACGACAUCUUCGAGCGUAUCGCCUCGGAGGCGUCUCGCUUGGCUCACUACAACAAGCGGUCUACUAUCACGUCCAGGGAGAUCCAGACCGCCGUGCGUCUCCUGCUGCCCGGCGAGCUGGCCAAGCACGCCGUGUCUGAGGGCACCAAGGCCGUCACCAAGUACACCAGCUCCAAGUAAAGCGCUCUGCUGCUGCAGCCAAGACCCAAAGGCUCUUUUAAGAGCCACCCACU